GAGGGCGGAUUACGUCAGUCAGGACGACAACGGUCUGAGGAGAACUAAUGAAGGUGACCCGCUGAAUCCCCUGAUGAUGCUGUCCCGUCUCUUCAGGCUCCACGGCCUGUUGGUCGCCUCUCAUCCGUGGGAGGUGAUCGUGGGAACGGUUGCCGUGACGAUGUGUCUGAUGUCCAUGAACGCUUUCGCUACCAAUGACCAGAUCUGCGCCUGGAACCAUCGGUGUCCCAAAGUGCAGGAGAAAAUUCUAAGCGGCGACGUAAUCAUUUUAACCGUUACGAGAUGCGUCGCCAUCAUUUACAUCUACAUCCAGUUCAGGAACCUCCGUCAGCUCGGCUCCAAAUACAUACUGGGUAUCGCUGGUCUGUUCACCAUCUUCUCCAGCUUUGUGUUCAGCACUGUGGUCGUUCACUUUCUGGGCAAAGAGCUCACAGGACUGAAUGAGGCGCUGCCGUUCUUCCUGUUGCUGAUCGAUCUGUCUAAAGCCUGCACACUGGCCAAGUUUGCUCUCAGCUCAAACUCACAGGAGGAGGUCAGAGAGAAUAUCGCUCAAGGCAUGGCCAUCCUGGGGCCCACGUUCACCCUGGACACAGUGGUGGAGUGUCUGGUCAUCGGUGUGGGCACCGUGUCUGGUGUGCGUCAGCUGGAGAUCAUGUGCGGUUUCGGCUGCAUGUCGGUUCUGGCCAAUUACUUUGCGUUCAUGACCUUCUUCCCCGCCUGUGUGUCGCUGGUGUUAGAGCUGUCCCGUGAGAGUCGUGAGGGUCGGCCCAUCUGGCAGCUCAGCCAUUUCGCUCGUGUUCUGGAGGAAGAGGAGGGAAACAAACCAAACCCCGUCACUCAGAAAGUCAAAAUGAUCAUGUCUUUGGGUCUGGCGCUGGUUCACGCUCACAGUCGAUUCGUGACCGAAUCUCAGACGCACAACAUGAGCGGUUCAGACGUGGUUCUGCCCGCACCAAACAUGGAGUCCGACAGAACCUUGUCCAGUGUGGAUCUGGAGCAGGUCAUCACACUCUCUCUCGCUCUGUUAUUGGCGGCCAAGUACGUGUUUUUCGAACAGGCCGAAACGGAAUCCUCCCUGUCAAUCAAAUCUCCUGUGGCCACGCCCAGCUGCUCCCUGACCAAUAGGAGAGGAGAUGAGCGCUGUCAGAGGGAGUCGGCCCCACCCAAAGCCCUGAUGGGGGUCCCUAUGAAUAAAAGUGAAGGAGAGCCGCCUGAUCCGUCAGAUGGACACCAAACAGAUGAGCUCCAGUCUCACCAGCGCCGCCCUGUGGACGAAUGUCUGAUGAUUCUUAAAGACCCCCGAAGAGGAGCUCGUUGCCUGACUAACGCGGAGGUGAUGGCAUUGGUGGAGUGCAGGGGCAUUCUGGGAUACCGUUUGGAAGCAGUGAUGGAGAGUCCUGAGAGAGGAGUGGCUAUACGCAGAGAAAUACUGUCCAGCAAACUGCCGGCGGCGUCUGCGCUGGAGAACCUGCCCUACAGACACUACGACUACUCUCAGGUGCUUGGCACCAACUGUGAGAAUGUGAUUGGCUAUGUACCUGUGCCAGUGGGCGUGGCCGGGCCGCUCCUAUUGGACGGGAAAGAGUUCCACGUCCCCAUGGCGACGACAGAAGGCUGUUUAGUGGCCAGCACUAACCGAGGAUGCAGAGCCGUCACAUUGUCGGGUGGCGUGAGCAGUCGUGUUCUGGCGGAUGGAAUGACUCGAGGGCCGGUGGUUCAGAUGCCGUCGGCGUGUCGGGCGGCCGAGGUCAAGGGCUGGCUGGAGAGUCCAGAGGGGUUCAGUGCUGUCAAACAGGCCUUCGAUCACACCAGCAGGUUUGCUCGUCUGGACCGGCUGCAGGUCAGUUUGGCCGGGAGGAACCUGUACAUCCGCUUCCAGUCUCAGACCGGAGACGCCAUGGGCAUGAACAUGCUGUCAAAGGGAACAGAACAGGCUCUCAGCAGACUUCAGGAGCGUUAUCCUGACAUGCGUCUGCUAGCCGUCAGCGGGAACUACUGCACUGAUAAAAAACCCGCCGCUGUCAACUGGAUCCACGGCAGAGGAAAGUCCACCGUGUGUGAAGCCGUCAUACCGGCACGAGUCGUCCAAGAGGUGUUGAAGAGCAGCACAGCGGCUCUGGUGGAGCUGAACAUCAGUAAGAAUCUGGUCGGUUCAGCGAUGGCUGGAAGCAUCGGAGGAUUCAACGCUCAUGCGGCAAACAUCGUAACGGCCAUUUAUAUCGCCUGCGGACAGGAUCCGGCGCAGACGGUGGGCAGCAGUAACUGUAUUACUCUGAUGGAGUGUGUCGGGACGGAUGGAGAGGAUCUGUGCGUGUCCUGCACAAUGCCGUCAUUAGAGCUGGGAACUGUGGGAGGAGGAACCGGUCUGCCUGCUCAACACGCCUGUUUACAGAUGUUGGGUGUUCACGGCUCCAGUGAUCAGUGUCCCGGUGAGAACUCGCGGACGCUGGCGCGGAUCGUCUGUGCCACAGUGCUGGCAGGAGAGCUCUCUCUGAUGGCCGCUCUCGCCGCCGGACACCUCGUCAAGAGUCACAUGACUCACAACAGGUCAAAAGCCAAUCUAUGAGAGACUGAACUGCAGCCAAAGGAAGCUUCAUGAAGCACAGAGAACUCUGGGAAACGGAGUCUGUGUGGUUCUCAUGUUUAUUCUCAGGGCGUCUGAAGACACGGCUGCAGGAGUGACAGAUGUCUGGA